AUGGAAAGCACCACUUUCCCCACACUGACCUUGAUGGUUCUCUUCCUCAGCUGGACUUGCUGUGCUGAGGAGGAUACAGAGGCUCUCCCCUGCCCAGAAUACCAGGAGGGUUUUGAUGGCUCUUGCUAUGAGUUUGUGGGUCUGCAGCGAUCCUUCCUCAGUGCUCAGGGAUGGUGUGAGCAAGGCGGAGGACACCUAGCCUUCAUCCUGAAUGAUGAAAUACAGCAGUUCCUUCAAAAGCACCUGGAGCCGGGGAGGGACUGGUGGCUCGGGCUGGCACCUGCAGCUCCAAACCUCACGCUCGACUCUGCUGCUAUCGAUGGUUCCUUAGCAUGGCUGGAUGGCUCAGAUGUCAGCUAUAGUAACUGGGUGAACAUGCCAGAUGCAGAAGCAGCCUGUGGACAUAUCCUGAGACAUUCAGGCUUCCAGUGGGAAGCUGCAUGGAACUGUAGCCAGGAGCUCAACUUCAUUUGCCAGUUUGAUUCUGGGAGAUCUAUUGCAUGUGACGGCCAAAAUGCAACACUGCAAUGUGGUUCUGGUCAAGUUUUAGAUAUAGACGACAGCUUCUAUGGUCGAAAAACAAUUCACUACUGCCGAUCCAAACUUACAGCCUCGCCCACAUCCUCCCAGGAGGAGUGCAGCUGGAUAGAUGUUAUAGAUUCUGUAACAGCCCAGUGCCAUGGACAGCAGGCUUGCCAGGCUCCAGCUGAUCUCAGCUCUUUUGGUGAACCAUGUCCUGCGCUGGGGAGUUACCUGUCUGUAGAGUACCGCUGUAAACAAGGACUCUACUUGUUGAUGAGCAAGCUGGCGGCCGUCUUUGAUAAUGUCACCAUCACGGAAUGGCUCCUUCAUCCUUUUCAGGGAAACCUCACAUGCACACUGAAUGCUGGGGAUGGCCACACUGCUGAGCCAUACAGCCCAGUAGAGAUGGAGAGCACUGUGAUGCACAGAUUCCUCCGUCCUGGUGUUUUCAUGGUUCGAGUGGAGUGCACCACCAGUGACUGGCAUGUUACUGCUCAGAAAGCCAUAAACAUUCAGGAGCCUGUUGGAAAGUUUGGUGUGUUUAAGUGCUAUAGCGGGAACAUGUCAACAGAUGGCACUAAAUGCAAUGCACUUCAUGGUAGGCCUGUUCAGAUCCAGGUGAUGGUAGAGGCAGGUACAAAUGUUUCCUACUCAAUUCAACACGAAGACCACUUCAUUGCAAACUCGUCAGUGGACAGAGGGAUCACCCCCCACAACAUUACACUGAGUGUAAGUGUGGUGGAGAAGCUUGAACAUGGCUGCCCCCUGACUCUAACUGCCUCUAACAGGGUCACAGCUCGCACAGUGUCAACUGAUCUGGAGCUGUGUCUGCUGGAGCCUGUUGAAGGCCUGCAGGCCUCUGUGAUAGCAGAGGACAAGUGUCCAGACUCUAAAGAUCUCAUCAUUGGUGUAUCGUUAGAGCGAGGAGCCCCUGUGGAGCUGCUCUUCACUCUGACUGGAGCUGGGGACACUCUCUCCGAGACCAGAGACAUGCUCAAUGGCAGCUUACAAGCUUAUACAUUCUCCAGCCCACUCGAAGGAUUGUUGAAGGUGAAGGUACGAGCCAUGAAUGCCUUCUUUGCUUCUGAUGCGGAUGUGGACUUAGAGAACAUACUUCAGGCUUGCCAGAAUUACUCUGACCAUUCACCAGAUGAACAUGGGAACACAACAGGUAAUAUGAGUGUCUACGACUCUAGUGGCUUCAAAAUAAUUGCUACUCCAGACACUGUGGUGGACUACACUCAGAGUGUCACACUGAGCGUGACUGGAACUGAAUCAUUACCAAGCAAAGGACUCACAUUUGAAUGGAAGUGUAAAGGAAACUGCAAAUGCACAAACAAAACAACGGACAAAAUUUAUGUUAUCCCAAAAGACUGCCUUCCAGAUCCCUUUGAUAAUUUCAGCUACGCUUUAACUGUGAGGAGAACGACCUGGUUCAGGAAAUGGGUCAACCUUGCUUCAACUUCAAAGUGCAUCACUGUUGCUCCAAAGGAAUUCACAGAUGUCACCAUCAGUUGUGAUGAUUGCGCUUCAAUAAAUGUGAACGACCACAUUAAGCUAAGACUGAUCUGUGUGACAACUUGCCCAGAGGUAGUUUGGUAUAUUGGGGAGUCCAGACCUUUGACAGGUGACCUCGAAAAAUGUUUCUCUGAAGCAGGAAGAAGGCCACCUAUCGAGAGGCAGGAUGGCAACACUGAAUAUAUUGUACAUAGCAAACAUCUGAAAGUUUCAAGGGACACAUUGCACAACUUCAGUGUGAUUGCUUAUGGCAAGAAGGAGGCAGGUUUUGCCAAGUACACGUUUCCAAUACCAGGUCCUGAAUCAGCCGAACCAACUGUAAACUCAGGAGUGACAUCUGAAGCCCCUGCAGACCCCAGACCCCCCUCUUGUAGCAUCUCUCCGCUUUCAGGAACAGUUCUCGAUGCUUUUGACAUUACCUGCAAACCAAGCUCUUUCUGCUCUACGGGCUGUUUUUAUUGCUUCAAGACAGACACAGGCAAACAUCUGCGCUGCAGUAAUGCACAUGAGGUGAAAUCUGUCUUCCUGCCGCUCGGAGAUAAGAACAAUAAUUACAGUUUGUCUGUUGUGGUGACUGUGAAAAAUGAAUAUGAGAAAGCCACUACAACUGUUUCCACUCAGGUGCAGAAAAGCAGCUCCAGUACCUCUGUGGGGGCUCUGCAAUCUGCAGUGAAGGACACUGUGAGUCAGUUAGAGCAGCAAGGCCUGCUCUCCGGUGAGGCACUGGGACAAAUAUUUACUUCAAUUUCUGAUAUGUUGAAUACAGCGGCGGGCCAGGAUCAGAACAAUGCGAGGAGGAAGCUCAGAGAGCAAAUGUUGACCAAAAUGACCACAGUUCUGCUGGACUCACCCAGCAACACAACUCAGGAAGUGCAAGUGACAGCCAGAGCUGUGGCUGGACUCACCCAGCGCCCAGAGGAGCUCAGUCCCGCUGCUCAAGAAGAAGCGGGCUCACUGUUGGUAGACCUCAGCUCCUCCCUCAACACUAUCAGUGUUAAUCAGGACGGUGGGGAUGAUGGAGAAGUUGUGCAAGCAGCUACAACAAUAGUUGAAGCAGCCAGUAAUGUUUUGAAUGUUUCUUCAAAUAAAAAGGUCUCAGAUUUUCUUCUUACUGGGAUAAACAAUGUUCGUGCUUUGCUGAAUAAUAAAAAACUGAAUGGAGACCCUUCCAUCAUUGAUUCUGGUCAGAUCAGUGUGUACGUCAACAGAGUGUCUCCUGAAAAGAUGAAAAUUCAGGAUAUAAAUGUCCAGAAGAGCAGCUCCUCCAGAUUUUCGUUCCCCUCACUGCCUGCUCAUAUUGUCGCUCCAGAGGAGCCAAUGGAUGUCAGAAUGAUGAGUUUUGAGACAAAUCCGUUUUCUUGGGAGGAGGAAAACAUCACAGGAACUGUAGGAUCCGUGUCUCUCACCAGAGUGAACGGCACUGUCAUUCCUGUAGAGAACUUACCUGACGAUAUAGAGAUUCUCUUACCAAGGCUUGACGUUGGGGAGAACCACAGCACAGUCCUGGACCUUGCCAGUUUCAGUACAUUAAUAAUUGAUGUUCCCUCACCGGAUAUAACACUGGUGCUGAAAAUGGAGCCCUCUGAAGACAUUUCCUUCAUGCUAUUCCUGGGAUGUAAAGAUUAUCCAAAUGAGCAUAAUUAUAUAGCCAAGACUCAGAUCCCUCUAGAGAAUUCCAAAGAAGAAGAAAAAUAUACCUGGGUGCUGAGUCCCGAAGACAGAACAGGAGAUGUUGGAGUGCACUACCUUGUUAUGAAGCCCAUUGUAGAGCCAGGCGUCAGAUCCGUCAAUGCCACUGUCACUGUCAUUUCCAUCGCUGCCCAGUGCAAAUACUGGAAUGAAACUAAGUCUUCUUGGAGUGAAGAUGGAUGCAGGGUGAGUAACACACACACCACCACAGUGGUUGCAUCUAUACACCCUUUAAAAGUUUGACUGACUGGUUUUGUUAAUUUUUUUCCCCAGGUAGGUCCGCUCACCACGCCUUUGGUCACUCAGUGCCUCUGUAACCACUUAACUUUCUUUGGCAGCUCCUUCUUUGUCAUGCCAAACUUGGUGGAUGUGUCGCGCACCGCAGAACUUUUUGCUACAUUCACCAACAAUCCUGUGGUGGUGUGUUUUGUGGGAGCCAUUUUCACUGCUUAUCUCCUGGUGGUUAUAUGGGCACGCAGGAAAGACAUCCACGACUCAGCCAAGGUGAAGAUAACAGUGCUUGAGGAUAAUGAUCCCUUGGCUGAGUAUCGUUAUAUGCUGAAUUUCAGCACAGGGCAUCGGCAUGGUGCCUCCACCUCCUCUCAGGUGACAAUAAUUCUGCUGGGUACCGAGGGAGAGAGUGAGCCCCACCACCUGACAGACCCUGAUAAGCCAGUGUUUGAGAGAGGUGGGGUGGACAUGUUUCUGCUGACCACACACUUUUCCCUUGGAGAUCUAAAGAGCAUCAGGCUGUGGCACGACAACUCAGGAGCUCACCCUGCAUGGUAUGUCAACAAAGUAAUGGUGCAGGAUCUGGAGAGUGGUCAGAAAUGGCACUUCCUGUGUAACUCCUGGCUGGCUGUAGAUGUGGGAGACUGCACUCUUGACAAGGUCUUCCCGGUCGCCACAGAGAUGGAUUUGAAGAGGUUUAGUAACCUGUUCUUCAUGAAGACAGCCAAGGAUUUCCGUGACGGCCACAUCUGGUUCUCUGUCAUUAGUCGGCCUCCCUCCAGCACUUUCACAUGUGUGCAGCGAGUGUCCUGCUGUUUUUCCCUGCUGCUGUGCACCAUGCUGACCAGCAUCAUGUUUUGGGGCAUCCCCACCGACCCCUCUGAGCAGACCAUGGACCUGGGUCACAUCGAGUUCACCUGGCAGCAAGUCAUGAUCGGAGUUCAAAGUUCAAUCAUCAUGUUCCCCAUUAAUCUCCUUAUUGUGAGCAUCUUCAGAAACACUCGUCCUCGAGAGAAGGCCGCCAACACGGACGCAUCCAUACAUGGGAAGACUGGUCGAGUUUCUCCCUCACAGAAUUCCUCCCCUCAGAAAGAGAUGAAGGACAUCACACCAGACACUGUGAUCAAGGACAUAAAGAGAAUUGCUCAGUCACUCUCAAAGGCCAUGAAGAGUCCGCUGCCUGACCUGGAGCUCCGGCCCGGUCAGCAGGCGGACAUCAACACUCUGCUGUCUCUGGUGGAGGACAUCAUAAGACAGCAGAACCGAGGGGCAGGAGACUUUUACACUGAGGCCUCCAAGAAGGAUCGCUCUAUGAUCCUCAGCUUACGUGCAGUUGAUCUACAAGAAAACAGUGUGUGGGGGAGCCCUGAGAGGACUUCAGUAGAAGGUCAGAAGAAGAGCAACAACAGCAGGUACCUGUACAGGCAGCUGCGUCAUGUUGAGAAGGAGCUGGAUUUGUUGGGACCUUCUCAGUUUCCAAAGCCAGAUAGCUACAACCGAGCCAUGCAGCAAGUUCAGGGAAUGAAGGGUCUCCUGGACUUCCACCUACCCUCGUCUAGCCUGGAAAGAGAGCAGCUCGACAGCAGCCCAAGUCCAGAAGAGAGCAUCAAUGGAGACUCCACCAAGAAGUGCUGUCAAGGAGGUCUGCCAUGGUGGUUUGUGUUUGUUGGCUGGAUACUGGUGAUUGCAACAAGUGGUGUGUCGGGAUACUUCACCAUGAUGUAUGGGCUGACGUACGGGAAAGGGCGCUCUAUAAGCUGGCUUAUCUCCAUGGUGGUCUCCUUCUUUGAGAGUCUUUUUAUUACUCAACCUCUGAAGGUUCUUGGUUUUGCUGCUUUCUUUGCACUUGUUCUGAAGAAAGUUGACCAGGAGGAGUACGGAGAGCCUCAGAUAGAUGAGAGUCUGAGAAACACAGAUGAUCCUGAUGUGGUGCGUGCAGCAAGAAGAGACAGCACAUGCAGUUUCUAUCAGCCACCACCUCCCACUGACAUCGAGAGGAUGAGGAACAACAUAAUUAAAGAGCAGAAAGUCUUUGCCCUCAUAAGGGAGAUUCUCACCUACAUGGGAUUUAUGUGGAUGUUGCUCCUGGUGGCGUAUGGUCAGAGGGACCCCAACGCUUACUUUCUGACCAAACACAUUCGUCAGAGCUUCAGCAGAGGGAUCUCAGACAGUAUGAGUAUUCAGGAUGUGUUCAACUGGGCAAACACAACUCUGCUGAGCAGCUUGUUUGGAGAGCACCCAGGAUUCAUCACAGAUGGAAACUCCAAGCUGGUGGGUAACGCUCGUCUUCGUCAGGUGAGGGUGCAUAAAAACUCCUGCCAUGUGGCUACCUCUAUGCAGCAGUCUGAGCUUGACUGCCACGCUCCGUACUCAUGGGAGCUGGAGGACAUGGGCUCCUACGGUCCAAGCUGGAGCCACUCUGUGGUUGAUAACUCCUCAUUGAACAGUCACACACCAUGGAUGUAUCAGUCCCAGGGUAAACUGAGGGCCUACCCUAUCUGGGGUAGUGUGAUGCUCUACAGAGGAGGAGGGUUUGUGGUAGAUCUGGGGCCAGAUUUACAAACUUCCAGCAGAACCCUUCAGUACCUUUAUGACAACACCUGGUUUGACGUGUACACCCAAGCAGCCUUUGUCGAGUUCACCGUGUACAAUGCCAACGUCAACCUCUUCUGCAUCGUCACACUCAUGCUGGAGACCACAGCCAUCGGAGCUUUCCAGUUCCGCAGUGAGCUUCAGAGUGUGCGUCUUUACCAGUCGACCGGCGGCCUUCACAUCUUCGUCAUGGCUUCUGAAGCCAUCUACUUCCUCUUCAUCAUCUAUUACAUGUUUGUCCAGGGAAAGCUGAUGAAGCAGCAGAGGUGGGCUUACCUCAAGAGUAAGUGGAAUCUACUCGAGCUGGCGAUUAUUAUUCUUAGCUGGAGCGCAUUGUCUGUCUUCAUCAAGAGGACUUUACUGGGUUCGCGGGACAUGGAGUACUACCAUAACAACAAAGACCAAUACGCCAGUUUCCAUGAGACAGCCAAGGCUGAUGCAGUGCUGGGGUAUCUGAUUGCAUUCCUGGUGCUGUUGGCUACAGUCAAACUGUGGCACCUGCUGAGACUGAACCCAAAGCUGCACAUGAUCACAGCCACGCUGCAGCGAGCCUGGACUGAUAUUUCAGGCUUCCUGGUGGUCAUAACCAUCAUGUUCCUGGCCUAUUCCAUUGCUUCUAACCUGAUGUGGUGGAAGCUAUACUCCUAUCGGACUCUGCUGGACGCUGCACAGACCAUGGUCAGCCUGCAGCUUGGCAUUUUUAACUACGAUGAGGUUCUGAAUUACAAUCCAGUGCUUGGGGCUUUCCUUAUCGGCUCCUCCAUUGUGUUCAUGACCUUUGUGGUGCUGAACCUCUUCAUCUCUGUCAUUCUGGUGGCAUUCAGUCAAGAGCAGAUACAUCACCAGCCGUCUGAAGAGGAUGAGAUUGUGGACCUGAUGCUGAUGAAACUCUGCAGUUUAUUUGGACUCAAAUAUAAGAAUCAAGGGGGUGACUGCCUGGAUGAGAGGCCAGCUGUCACAUCUGCUUCAAAUAAUGGACUGCAGACAAUUUCUUCUGGGAACAUUUGUGAGGGUUGAAAUGCUCCUCUACUGCCAAGCAGAAGUUAAACAUUAAACAACCCACAGAAUGGUUUGCUUCAGUUUUUGUUUGCCAUAGCUUGCUUCAUUUAUUCAAACCAACAUGUUGUCGCUUUGUGACUGAAUAUUAGCCCUUGCAAGUCUAUAAAUUAUUAGCAUUUCUCUAUAGUGCUGCAGAUCUGUAACUAAUGUAGGAGAAGUUAAAACACUGACAGGGAAAGUAGGAGCUGAGAUAAUCCUUGUUAUGCAUUGAGUAACUGUAUUUAGGCUGCAGUAUAUUUCCUUAAACAAAUACAUGUUUGUUUAUGUGACUAAAUCUUGUACAAUAUGCUUUUAUUCCGUAAAAAAACUUGUAUUUGCAUCUGACUUAAAUUUAAAUUGUACUUUAUAUGUGUUAUGUGUAACUUCCAUCAGCUGUCAUAUCAAAUUUGUCAGCUAUGUCCAGUAGUAGAUAGUAACAUAUUCAGCAAGAUAGAUAUUAAGAUAAAUCUAGAAACUGCACUUAAAACUAUGGCAAUAUAAGUCUAAAAUGUAUUGAAUGUACAUUGUGAUAAUAAUAAUAAUAAAACAAUAAUUCAUACAGCA